CGUCCGCCGCCUCUGCCCGGCCCCCGCCGCCCGCGGAAGUGAGCGGAGCGGGGAUGCGGCCGUGCCGCCCCGGGGCUCCGAGAUGUUGCUGCAGGUGGGGGCAAAGGGAGCGCUGUGAUUGCCUGGGAUUUUGGGGCAUUUCUCUCUUCACCUUUCCGCUCCCGCUCCAGCGCUGCUGUUGCUAAAGACUUUUGUAACUAUCGACUCAAGUACAAUUUCGAUGGAAAAUGAAGGUAAAGGUCUCAUCAGAGUCACUGACUUCAUUGGAGCUAAGAGGAUUUUUGCAUGCAAUUUGGUGACAACUCCUACUGGUUGCACGUCUUCAAAAAAUUCCUGAUGGUGACAAUGAGACAAUGAUUCCUGUACUGUCUUCAAAAAAAGCAAGUGAAUUACCAGUUGAUGAAGUAGCAAGUAUCCUGCAAGCUAAUCUUCAGAAUGGCUUAAAAAACUGUGAAGUUUGUCAUAGACGGGCAUUCCAUGGAUGGAAUGAAUUUGAUAUUAGUGAAGAUGAACCACUGUGGAAAAAAUAUAUAUCCCAGUUUAAAAACCCCCUUAUUAUGCUUCUCCUGGCAUCUGCAGUCAUCAGUGUUGUAAUGCAUCAGUUUGAUGAUGCUGUCAGUAUCACUGUGGCAAUACUCAUCGUUGUUACAGUUGCCUUUGUUCAGGAGUACAGAUCAGAAAAAUCUCUUGAAGAGCUUAGUAAACUUGUGCCUCCAGAAUGCCAUUGUGUACGAGAAGGUCGGGUGGAACAUACCCUUGCAAGAGAUUUAGUGCCAGGUGAUACAGUCUGCCUGUCAGUUGGAGACAGAGUCCCAGCUGAUCUACGAUUAUUUGAGGCUGUGGACCUUUCCAUUGAUGAAUCCAGUCUCACAGGUGAGACAGCUCCUUGCUCUAAAUCUACAGCUCCUCAGCCAGCAGCAACCAAUGGAGACCUUACUUCUAGGAGCAAUAUUGCUUUCAUGGGGACAUUGGUCAGAUGUGGAAAAGCAAAGGGGAUAGUUAUUGGAACAGGAGAAAACUCUGAAUUUGGGGAGGUUUUUAAAAUGAUGCAAGCAGAAGAGGCUCCAAAGACACCUCUGCAGAAGAGCAUGGAUCUCUUGGGAAAACAGCUUUCCUUGUAUUCCUUUGGUAUAAUAGGCGUUAUUAUGCUAGUUGGCUGGUUGCAAGGAAAGCAUAUCCUUGAUAUGUUCACUAUUGGUGUGAGUUUGGCUGUAGCUGCAAUCCCUGAAGGACUCCCAAUUGUGGUAACAGUGACACUGGCCCUUGGUGUGAUGAGAAUGGUGAAGAAACGGGCUAUUGUAAAAAAACUGCCUAUCGUUGAAACUUUAGGUUGCUGCAAUGUAAUUUGUUCAGAUAAAACUGGAACUCUGACAAAGAAUGAAAUGACUGUUACCCAUAUUUUUACUUCUGAUGGGCAGCAUGCUGAGGUUACUGGAGUAGGUUAUAACAGGUUUGGAGAAGUGAUGCUCGAUGGUGAAGUUAUUCAUGGUUAUAACAACCCAUCCAUUAGCAAAAUUGUUGAGGCUGGUUGCGUGUGCAAUGAUGCUUUGAUUAGAAACAAUACAUUGAUGGGGAAGCCAACAGAAGGGGCUUUAAUUGCACUUGCUAUGAAGAUGGGUUUAGAUGGGCUCCAGGAAGACUACAUAAGGAAGGCUGAAUAUCCCUUCAGCUCAGAACAGAAAUGGAUGGCUGUAAAAUGCAUUCACAGAACACAGCAGGACAAACCCGAAGUUUGCUUUAUGAAAGGUGCUUAUGAACAAGUCAUUAGGUACUGUACAUCAUAUAACUGUAAGGGACAGACCCUACCUCUUGCUCAGCAACAGAGAGAGCAAUACGAGCAAGAGAAGACAUCUAUGGGCUCUGCAGGACUUAGAGUUCUGGCCUUAGCUUCUGGUCCUGAGUUAGGACAGCUGACUUUUUUGGGACUUGUGGGAAUAAUUGAUCCUCCACGGACUGGUGUAAAAGAAGCUGUUACUACACUGAUCACAUCAGGAGUUGCAAUAAAAAUGGUUACUGGAGAUUCACAGGAAACCGCAGUUGCCAUUGCUAGUCGACUAGGAUUGUAUUCCAAAAAUUCACAGGCAAUAUCUGGAGAAGAGAUAGAUGAUUUGGAUAUUCAGCAGCUUUCUCAAAUAACACCAAAGGUUGCAGUAUUUUACAGAGCCAGUCCCCGACAUAAAUUGAAAAUUAUAAAGUCCCUGCAAAAUAAUGGUGCCGUAGUAGCUAUGACAGGAGAUGGAGUGAAUGAUGCUGUUGCUCUGAAGGCUGCAGAUAUUGGUGUAGCAAUGGGACAAACUGGAACAGAUGUUUGUAAAGAGGCAGCAGAUAUGAUCCUCGUGGAUGAUGAUUUUCAGACAAUAAUGUCUGCAAUUGAAGAGGGUAAAGGAAUUUAUAAUAACAUAAAAAAUUUUGUUAGAUUUCAACUGAGCACGAGUAUAGCAGCACUGACUUUAAUCUCACUGGCUACAUUAAUGAACUUUCCUAAUCCUCUCAAUGCCAUGCAGAUCUUAUGGAUCAAUAUUAUUAUGGAUGGACCUCCAGCUCAAAGCCUUGGGGUGGAGCCUGUGGAUAAAGAUAUUAUUCGAAAGCCUCCAAGAAAUUUGAAGGACAGCAUUUUGACCAAAAACCUGAUUGUUAAAAUCCUGGUUUCAUCAAUAAUUAUCGUGUGCGGAACGCUGUUCGUCUUCUGGAGAGAGUUAAGAGACAAUGUAAUAACACCUCGAGAUACAACCAUGACUUUCACCUGUUUUGUAUUUUUUGAUAUGUUCAAUGCUUUGAGUUCUAGAUCUCAGACAAAAUCUGUGUUUGAGAUUGGACUUUGCAGUAACAAAAUGUUCUGCUAUGCUGUCCUUGGGUCUAUAAUGGGGCAGUUAUUGGUCAUUUACUUUCCUCCACUUCAGAAGGUUUUUCAAACAGAGAGCUUGAGUGUCUUGGAUUUACUGUUUCUUCUGGGACUCACUUCCUCUGUGUGCAUAGUGACUGAGAUAAUAAAGAAGUUUGAAAGAAGCAAGGAAAAGAUCCAGAAACGUGGAAGUUCUUCUUCGUCAACUUCGUCUUUUCUCGAUCAUACAGGAUUGGUGUUUGCAGUGAGGUGUAUGUCAUUUCAUCAGCAACAAAGAACAGCUGAAUUCUGCAUUGAGGACACAUUUCCGGGCAGUGUCGAGAUUCAGCUGCAUGGUGUCAGAGAUCUUUCCUCUAAGUCCCAAGAUCUAGUGAGUUACUUCCAUGUGAACAGAUGUGAUAGGGAGCAUAAGCAGGACUGAAAACUUGAGCAGACAACGCAAGAAGCAAGCUUGAAUUCUGGAGUCUGAUCUAGCCUUGGUUGUCUUCUGAAAGAAUUCUGGAGAUACAGUUGACUCCACUGCAUUUAACAAAAGCAGAUAAAGCUGAGUCAUUUUUGGAGAUAAAAUAAACAGAUUUUCCACUGAAGGUGUUGAUUUAA